AUGCACCGAUCUACCAUCACCCUCUGUCUCCUGUUUACCCUCCUACAUGUCCUCUGUGCGCUCCCCCGCAGCUCCAGAAGGCAUUCCAGAUCCUCCUCGUUGGAAGACGAGGACAUAUUCUACAAUUUCCUCAGCGGCAGCCUGGAGAUGGACGUGGAGGAAGGCAAGCGGAUUGGUAGGCGGGAGACCGUCGUCGGUCGGAGUCACCUUCACUGCUUCAAGCCAAGUGAGACGUGGUCGGCGGCGCCCAGAACCUAUACGCCGUUCUCCGGAAGCGUGCAGUACCGGGUCACUGUUACCACCGCCCCCACCGAGCCCCCUUGGAAAGUUUUCCCACUCUGGCACCUGAUGAUGUUCAUGAAACGCUUUUACAGCUGCUGCAAGCUUGGGUAUCCCUGCAAGAAAAUCAAAGGUUACCAAGGACGCUUGCUCGGACCUGGAAAUGAGAUGGAGUUUUUCCUGAGACCCGAGUACCUGUUUGUGAACGUGCUUAGGGCACAGCUGCACGUGAACAUUGCCAAUCCUGACAGAGUGGUACUUGAGGCGGAGAUCAGAGUCAAGACGCAGGGGAUGACUGUCGUUGCGAGGACACGGAACACCCUCUCACAAGCCAUGGCUGAGUCCGAAUUGGCCUUUGACACACUCUUCCUCUUCAAGAUGAUGAAGGAGGAACUUGUUAAGGAAGAAAGUGGGACAGUCCAGUUCCUGCUGAUACUGAGGUGUUUUCAGAACCAUCACCAGCUGAACUGUCACGACCAUGGUGUCAUCGUGUUGCGCGCCCCAUUUAUAGUCAUCGGUUACGUUUAGAGCACCAUCAGGGUCGCUGCCAAACCCCACUGUACUCAUUCUUGCACUGUGUUGGAAUUAAUAGUUUGUGAGCGCUAUUGGAAAUGUGAUUGACCAAGCUCACAGAACAUCUACUAGAGCUGACAGGGAGACAGUGUAUAUAAGGAAUAAAUAGACCUCUUCCUGAAGGUGACCCUCUUUUAGCAAAGAGUCAUGGUGAGGAUCACUCUGUGUGGGUUUCAUUGUUUCACAGGGGUCCUACUGGUAGAUUGUGCUUUUUAAUACGAAGACACUCUGAGUGACAGGCUCAGUCAGUAACCAUUGUCUUGACAGAGAGGCUACUUGUUGACAGAGAUCCCAGUUCAUAAGACUAACUCACAGAGACUCAACUUUGAGAUAUAGUCUUCAACUGGGAAUACAGGGCAUGAAAUGUGUAUCAGAAUCCUGAAGUUCAGAUUCAUUCACUGUUGAAGGUGGUGAGGUGUUUGUUUUACAAUCAAGUAUGGCAUAGCUCUUCAAUCGAAGCAUCUAGCUUCAGUGGCUUAGAAAGAAAUGGAUAACUCAAAGUUGACAGUGAUACCUGGGAUCACUAGAUGUACACAGGCAAACUGUGAGGGAGGCUGGGUAACGGGUACCUUGUGAGCGUUAUUGGAAAUGGAGAUUUUCUUCUACCAGAGCUGACAGAGCAAGUGGCUUCCUUGCUGAUUGUUAGCUAAAAGGUCUUAAGUGCCAACGGUAGAAUGUGUCUAAAAUGAUGGUUAAACCUCACCAAAUCAUUGGCAUAAUGGCAGCUUACCUGAGUGACACUUAGUUUAUUGGAGCCAAAUAGAACCAUCUUAAUGAUUAAUUUGAAUAGUUGGUUAUUUAGUUCAUGUCACACACUGCCAAGUGUCAUCCAUUUUAUAUCAAUAUUGGCCCAGACAUUGGACUGUGUUACAUUUAAAUAUUAAAUUAGAUUUGCUGAGGUCCUGUUUAUAAUUUAGUGACCUUUAAAAUAUAAAUAUAGCGGAGUAUGAUCUCUGGGGUUGAAACUAAGGUAAUGGUGGACUCAUUACCUGCAGUCUUGUGCACUUUAGAAUGCAAAUAUUGUA